UUUCUAUCUAUUUAUAGGACGCUAAACUAGAGUCCCCAGUACUCCAUUGCUUACCCCCACAUCACAAACUAACGCCAUAACAAUGGCUUCUGAGAAGGUUGAGACUGUUGUAGCAGGAAACUACGUGGAAAUGGAGAGGGAAGAAGGCGAUCCCAAGUCGGGUAAGAGCAAAUUAUCAACGCUGUUGUGGCAUGGUGGCUCCGUCUAUGACGCGUGGUUUAGCUGUGCUUCUAACCAGGUUGCACAAGUGCUUCUCACGCUCCCAUACUCCUUUUCCCAACUGGGGAUGCUCUCUGGAAUCAUUUUUCAGCUUUUUUAUGGGCUGAUGGGAAGCUGGACUGCUUACCUUAUCAGCGUACUUUAUGUUGAGUACAGAACUAGAAAAGAAAGAGAAAAGGUUGAUUUCAGGAAUCAUGUUAUUCAGUGGUUUGAAGUCCUUGAUGGGCUGUUGGGGAAACACUGGAGGAAUGCAGGCCUAUUUUUCAACUGCACUUUUCUUAUGUUUGGAUCUGUAAUUCAACUAAUUGCCUGUGCAAGUAAUAUAUACUACCUAAACGACAAUCUUGACAAGAGAACUUGGACUUAUAUCUUUGGCGCUUGCUGUGCAACAACUGUCUUCAUCCCAUCAUUCCAUAAUUACAGAAUUUGGUCAUUCUUGGGACUUAUUAUGACUACUUACACUGCAUGGUAUCUCACCAUUGCUUCCCUUAUCCAUGGGCAGGUUGAGGGAGUGAAGCACUCGGGACCAACCAAAAUAGUUCUCUACUUCACUGGGGCCACCAACAUUCUCUACACCUUUGGCGGACAUGCUGUCACAGUGGAGAUUAUGCAUGCAAUGUGGAAGCCACAGAAGUUCAAGCUAAUAUACUUGAUAGCAACACUCUAUGUGCUCACCCUAACUCUACCUUCAGCUUCUGCUGUUUAUUGGGCUUUUGGGGACAUGCUUCUUACCCACUCCAAUGCUCUCUCGUUGCUACCAAGGACGAGAUACAGGGACGCUGCUGUCGUCCUUAUGCUUAUUCACCAGUUCAUAACAUUUGGAUUUGCUUGCACCCCUCUGUACUUUGUGUGGGAGAAAUUCAUCAGUAUGCAUGAAACGAAGAGCAUGUUGAAGAGAGCUCUAGCUAGGCUUCCUGUGGUGAUCCCAAUAUGGUUCCUUGCAAUCAUUUUCCCUUUCUUUGGGCCCAUCAACUCAACCGUUGGAUCUCUUCUGGUCAGCUUCACCGUUUACAUAAUUCCUGCGCUAGCACACAUGGUGACCUUCGCGUCUGCGUCGGCUAGAGAGAAUGCAGUAGAGAGACCACCCUCAAUUGUAGGAGGUUGGGCAGGAUUAUACACCGUGAACAUCUUUGUAGUGGUGUGGGUAUUGAUCGUAGGAUUUGGGUUUGGAGGAUGGGCAAGCAUGCUCAAUUUCAUACGACAAAUUGACACCUUUGGCCUAUUCACUAAGUGCUUUCAGUGCCCCCCACACAAGGCUUGAUGAUGAGUAGAUUCCCUACUUUUGAAAAGGUUUUACAAAUUAAGUUACAUAUGUAAGCGUGUAAAAAGAUUGGCAUUUGAAACCUUUUCUUCUUUUCCUUUCAUUUCUCUCUCCUUGUAAAAGCUACUGUUGAUGGAUUGAUCAGAAGAGGUGUGAUGGCCAUUAUGGCCACCCCUAUACGGACCUACAAUUGUAACUUGUGUGCUGGAGUUUUUUUUUUUUUUUUUCUUCUUCCUUUUUUGGUGGGAUGAUUUUAUUUUUAUAAACCGUUUUGUAGUAUUAA